AUCCCAACCCAUAUAAUAUAAUCUAUAUAUUCAACAAUCACGCACACCACACACAAAAACAUAAUUUAUACAGUCCAUAAUAGUUAGAAGAGACACAGAAACCAAAGAGCAAAACAAAAGCUAUGAAGGAAAGCUUUGGUUCACCCACAACCAUAUCUCCUUUGCUUCUCAGAAACCUCUUGACAUCUUUGUUUAUCUAUGCAGACAAAUCUCUUCAGACUUUAGCCCAAAAGUACAAGCUCCUCCAGCUCCUCCGCUACCUCCUCAUCUCCGCCUUCCUCCGCCUCCUCCCCUCUCUCGACCCGUCCUCAGAAACUAACUAUGGUUACCGUUUAAAGUCCCCGAUCACCGAUAAUUUCGUUUCCACCAAUACUGGAGGUGGAGGCAACGGUGGUGGGGGUGGGGAAUCGGGUAUUGGGAGAGCUCUUUCGCAGUUGUUGUCGAUUGUUAACGGCAUACCGGUGAGUUCACGAAAGUAUGAAGUUGUUAGAUCUUUAGCGGAGAAGCUUAUAGAUGAAAACCAUCAGGAGGGUUCUGCAGCCCUCCGGGAGGUCAACUAUAAGAUCCUCUCAGCAGCUUUUUUGAGAACGCUUAGUCAGCUUGAAGCCGCGGUGAUGGAUCGAGAAGGCAAUCAUGACGGUCCAAGUGGUGAUGUGGCGGCGAGUGAGGAUUUUGGUAACGUGAACCGGGUUUUGAGGGCGGUUCGGUAUUAUGGAGAUAUGGUGUUGGCCCGUUUAGGGAAAAGGGUGGAGCCGAGAUGGUCAGGAAGUUCAGCCGAGAAGCUGGCCGCGGAGGUGCUGUGGCUGGCUCAGAAGAUGGUGGCUUGUGGAUGUGCGGAGGAGGCGGUGUGUAAGUGGGCUUCGUCUACACACUUGGCUUGGCUAUCUCUCUCGGCCGAGCCACGGAUUCAAGGGUCUCUUGUUAAGGUCUCAGCAUUCUUAUUCAAGCAAGCCCGAGACUUGGGAGGAGAGCAGUUUGGUGAAGAAAGCAAGAAAGAGCAACAAAGGCAGACACAAAUGAAGAUGUUAAUGUCAUGGCUACCACUGCUAUGCCGAGCGAGCAAUGGUACCGAUGUGCCGGUCCUGAGCACCAGGGAGAGAGCGGAGUUGGAGAGAGUAAUGGAGGACACCAUAGAGAUGUUGGAACAAGAAGAAGAGCAGGAGAAGGUGUUGUCUCUAUGGCUCCACCAUUUCACCCUCUACCCCACUUCCGACUGGCCCAACCUCCACGCCUGCUACACCCGGUGGUGCAAUGCCUGUCGCAAGCGCUUGCUCCUUCAAUGAAAUCUACCCAUCUUAAAAUGAAUUAUCUUAAAAUUUUUAGACAUCAGAAUUUCAAUAUAGUAGUAUAAUUAAAAAUGUACUUUAUAUGACAAAUUAAGAAGUAAUUUGGUGUGAGUCGGUUUCGAUUAAGUUGAAAAAAAAAGAACUCUAAUUUGUAUGUUAUAUAUGUACACAUGCUAAUUUUUCCA